AUGCCUGAACUCAAGAAGGGUGAUGCAGCUGGAUCAGCUCUUAAGUUCCAGGACUGGCUGGAGGUCUCGAGCUCCAUUUUGGCUGAUGUGUCCGAGCACAGUGGUCAGUGGUGGGAACAGGUCCUUCAGCUGGUGGGAAGCACGUAUGCUAAGUGGCUCGCAGCCACGCCUUUGGAGCGACUACAAAUCACUCCGGUCGGGGAGGCAUCGCUGUGCUCAGGUCGCUGGAUCCGUGUCAAUGCGAGAAUAGCCUCAAUGCUGUUGGCCUCAAUGGGAGAUGAGCUGAAGGCUGAUGCUGUCGCAUUGAGGAUCACCCAGAGCGUUCCAAGGAUGGUCUUCCGGAUGUACUCGAUGUUUCAGCCAGGAGGAAGCGCAGAGCGGCACGAUCUACUCCAACGACUACAAUCUCCAGGUGACACCAUGGGAAGCGACUCGUUGGAGGAUACACUCAGAGUGCUGCAGGCAUGGCCAAGGUGGGUUGCGAGGUGUAUAUCCAUGAAAAUGUCACCUCCGGAUCCUCAGGUCUUAGCUCGGGGCCUCAUGAGUUUGACGAGUCAUCAUAUCAACUCGUCACCGGAUGCUGCCUUCAGGACGUCGAUGCUGAGAACGACAUUGAGGUUGGAUGCCCAACCAGACCUGGACCAGGUGAUCUCGUACCAACGCCAUCUUCAGGCUGAGUUGGAGACGAUGGUGAACUCAGGAUCAAUGGGAAUGCCAUCAACUACUGCCCCUUCCUCGGGGCCCAAGGUCAAGGCUGCUGAGGUCACCAGUCCACCUCGCAAAGAUCGAUCCACCGAUCCCUGCAAGUACUUCGCCAAGCCGGGAGGUUGCAAAAGAGGACUGAAGUGUGGGUUCUCGCAUAGCAUGGCUGGAAUGGACAGGGAGACAAGGUCUAGGAAAUGCCUGCAGUGCGGAUCGGAAUCACACAGGCAGAAAGACUGUGUGGUCAACAAGCCGAGAGCGCCCCCAACAUCUUCGGCUACCUCGUCCCCUACGACUAACAGGAGCGACAAGGCAACGACAUCCUCUUCGCAGGCUCCUUCGGUGGCGGCUCGUCAGGUGUCUACCACUUCUGGAGUUGGUGAUCAAGGUGUGGUUCCUGGAGUACCAUGGACCCUGGAAUCUUUGAUUCAGGCAACGCAGCAGUUUGUCCAGGCCCAACCAACCUCGAACCAGGAUGAACGACCUUCCUCACCCGAGAAGACCGGCGCAACGAUAAAAACCGUCAUCCUCAAGGACCUCAGAGUGAGUGGGUCAGCAACAACGACUGCCCUGCUCGAUUCCGGAGCAACUCAUUCGUUGAGGAGUGCAAGGUCCCAGGAGGAGUGGCAGCAAGGAGAGAAGGUCAUGGUUCAAUUGGCGGGAGAUAGUCAGCUGCAAAUGAAGAUCGGUGAGGGUGGCUCUCUUCUGAUGCCCCCGUUGUCGCAUACCGGGCAGAAACCAUCGCAGACAAUAGUCCCACUGGGCGAACUGGUGAAAACACUGGGGUAUACCCUAGUGUGGACACCGACCAAGUGCAUCCUUGAGGACAAGAAUGGACAUCGGAUUCCGCUGAAUACGAGUACGGGAUGUCCACAGAUAUGCGAGGCAGAAGCGUUGGCGAUGAUAGCGAGGCUGGAGGAGCGAAAGUUGGAGCAGUUGGAAAAUGCUGCUCUGACUACCGAGGAUCGAAUCUCUGUGGCGGCAAUGGCGCUGCAGAAGUCGUGGUUUGAUCGCUUGAUAAGCUAUGCAGCCGAAGGAGGUCAUGAAGCGAAGGAGAUGGGUCUCAGGGCAUUGCGAGAUGCCCCCUUCUUCAGGGAUGUCCCCGGGGAAUGCCUUGGAGGCCUAGUGCCGGAUGAGUUGCCGAAGGGUGGAUGGGAGGCGGUCAAGAAUGUCAGUUUCUUGUCCAGACCAAAGAGAAGAAGACUCCUGGGGGCAAAACGCUGGAUCAUUCACCUCUUCUCCGGGGACCCCGGCCACUAUGAGAUCAGCAAAUUGGACCGCGGCGACGCAAUCGUUCUGCAGCUGGACAUUCGGAACAGCAAGGCCCAGGACAUUCUAUCCCCGAGUACAUGGAGGAUGUUGAUGUGGGGAGCGCUUCAUGGCCGGAUUGACUUAGUGAUGGGAGGGCCACCUGGUAGAGCUGUAAGCACAUGGGCGAAGGACGGGACAACUACCAAUCUUCGAGCUCAAACCUUGAUCUGCAGGAUGUUAUGGCUGUAUUCAUGCUCAGUGGCUGGGCGAUGUGCCAGGGCAGACUACGGAGGGAGAAGUAAGCAGGUGGGCUUUGUUCUUGAGCACCCAGCAACUUUGUCUUCUGAGGUUGAGUCGGAGAAUAACCAUGGCGGGUUCUGGGAUUCGAGCCUUUGGCGGAUAUUUCAGGAGGAGACUGGACAGAUCGAGGUGACCUUCGACCAAAGGGCAAUGGGGGCCGAGAGGACUAGCGUUACAACCUUGGGAACGAACGUCUUGUACCUCAAGGGCAUCCACGGAGUGGGUCUUGAAGGGGAAGAGCGAAUCAAGGGGCCGCAGUCUUCUGACUACUCAGUUUGGUCACCGGGCCUAGUGAAUGCACUUGUGGUUGGUCUUCAUCUGUGGGCACAGUCACCUAGGGCCUAUGCAAUGUCAUCACAACAAUGGAAACGCCAUGUGGAUGCAAACCACCUUCCCUAUAGGAAGGACUGUGUGACCUGUGUCAUGUCGAAGACGACAGGACGGAGACAUGCAAGAGUUCAUCAUCCGGACAGCUUCGUCCUGACAUCGGACCUUGGAGGACCGAUUCGGCCUGGACUAGACUCCACGAGCAAAGGGACGAUUGGAAAGGGAAUCAAGUACCUCCUGGCGGCGAAGUAUGUCUUCCCGAAGGAGUACCUGAAGGCCUAUAGUGGAAAUGAGCCUCCUGAAGACCAAGGCAUGCCGAGCCAGAUGGAGGUGAAGUUUGGCCCGGAAGACAGUGAAAUCCAGAAUAUGUUUCAGGAGCCACCAGAAGAACAUCGCGAUCAUCUACCACAUGGUGACGAAGGGGUCGAGGCUGGAAGAGGUGAUAAGCCACCAGAAGAACCUCGCGAUCAUCUACCACAUGGUGACGAAGGGGUCGAACCUGGUCAAAAUAAUGCAACUCUGGACCACGAUCUCUCCGAUGGCGACUACGAGCCGACAGACAUGGAGGAGGACCUUCCUGACCUAGAUCCGGCUAAGCAAAUACGAGUUCAAGAUCUUGACCAAGCGAAGGAGGACGAGCCUGAGCAGAAGCAGUCGACGCACCCAGUGAUGGAAUGGGGCGAUUGUGAACCGCCUGAACUCUCCUACCUUAUCUUCGCCGUUGGACUUCCCAACAACAAGGGCGCUACAGUGAAGUCUGCCUUGCAGGAUGUUGCGCUCUACUUGGGAUCCCAUGGAUUGCCAGUCUACCGGUUCCAUGCCGAUAAGGGGGAGUUCUUCAACCAUAGCCUCAGAGAGUGGCUCAGGGCCCAAGGAAUUCGUGGCACAUGGGGAGAACCCGGAAUCCCUCAAACCAAUGGGCGAGCUGAAGGCACUGUACGCUGGGUUAAGGAUCGAAUCAGGACUCUUCUCAUGAGUGCACGCCUGCCUACAAAACUGUGGCCUCUUGCUGCGGAGGUGGCAGCUGCCGAACAGAGGUCAAUGAUGUUGGGGUGGCGAUCACUGCUGGCAGCUCCGUUUGGAGCUACCGUCUACAUCAAGAAAAAGCCGUUCAAGGCCACUGGUCCACGGUUGCGGGCAGACGCCUUUGAGUCGAAAUGGAUAAAGGGCAAGUAUAUGGGACUUAGUGGUUUGCUCAACCGUGGACAUGUGGUCUACGUCCCGGCACAGGAGGGUGAAACGGAAGCCUUCCUUCACACUCUACAUGUUCGUUCUGACUUGGUCGAUCCUGGUGAACCUGAACUGGAACUUCGAGUCGAUCCUGCUAUGAAGCCAAGGCACAAGGUUGUGGGAAAGCAAAGCCCAGACCGGAUCGUCAUGAGGAAGUUUGAGGUCGACGCUAGGGAGGCCAUUGAGAAGGAAGCGAACCAGUUGUUGAUGAAUUGGUCUGAUCAGAAGGCGAUGAACUUUGUAGCAUCGUUGGCAAAAAGCCAGGCGGUGGUGGAGAGGAAGUUCGGCGCUUUCCGACAUGGUGGGGUGGUGGGUUUGAUGCAGGCCUUGACUACCAGCCCGAAUACUACGAGGGUGUUAGCAAAGCUGGUUCGAGAGCGAGCACCGACGGCUACCUUCACUGCAGUGUGGAUCUCGAAUAACACACAGUUGGAGAUGCACCGUGACAGUAACAACGAUGCUGAAGCCUUGAACUACGUCCUCGCAAUCCAUGAGCCAAGGACAGGAGGUGAGCUGUGGGUGGAGUUGGAGAAAGGGGAUGUGGUUCAGGGUGAGAUAACAGAGAUGGUGGAGAAGAACGGUGAGAAGUUGUAUGGGCAGCAGUUGUCCUUGAAGGAGGGCGAGUGCAUUGAGUUCUCACCACGAAAGCGACACGCAGUUCAACCUUGGACAGGGGAGCGCUUGGUCUUAGUGGGAUACACCCCGCAAUGUUUGGGAAAGUUGAACUAUGACAUGAUCCAGAUAUUGGAAGACCAUGAGUUCUUGGUCCCGGUGUCCCAACUACCGGAGACUUUUCUACCAAGGCUGGCAAUGAAGGAGCUGCGGGUUGAGGAGGAGGUCGAAUGUAAUAAGCGAGAUGAAGAAGAACUUCAAGAUGAGGAGGAGUGGAAGCUAUAUUUGGAUGUGAAGGGCUCUCCGGUGAAGGUGGCGGGCUCGAGAGAUGACUAUGAUCGAGAACCUGGCCCCCGCGUGUACAAAACCGAGGUGACAUACACCAAGGACAUAGAGAAGGUCCUUAAGGAGUUGCAGGGUCCCUUGGAUGUCGUGUACAAUGUGAACCCAGCCGAAGUCCUGAACAACCUCGAGAAAUGGCUCCCCUCGAUAAAAAAGGAGGUGGAUGGAAUCAUGGUGGCGGUGGAGAAGCUGUUGCCGAACACACCUACCAGGACGGCAUGGCUGCAAAGAAGGGGCGUGCAGAAGCUCCCUACCAAGUUCGUGUUCACGGUCAAGCCCAAUGACAAGGCGGACAUCAAUGACCCAGCGACAUGGUUCAAGAGGAAGGCGCGACUUGUGGUGUGUGGAAAUAUGGCCACCCACUCCGACUCUGAUCUUUACACCGAGUCCGCCCCCGCAGAGGCGGUGAGAGCUGCUUUGAUACUGUCCCAGAGAAACAUGUGGGACAUUGCCGUCUUGGAUAUAGUAGCUGCUUUCUUGAAGACGCCAAUGGGGAGGUCAUCAAGGGAUCCUAUCGCGGUCGUCCAGCCACCGAAGUUGUUGGAGAAAUUACAGCUGACUGCUCCGUUGGAACUUUGGGGAUUGGUUAGGGCGCUGUAUGGAUUGAAAGAGUCUCCUCGACUCUGGGGUUCCUUCCGAGAUGAGACUCUGGAAAAAUUGGAGGUCCGGAUCCACGACAGCGUGUUGCAGAUGAGACGAGGGAAGGCGGUCACGGCUUGGUGGACAGUGAAGGAUUCCUCCGGAGCGACAGUAGCCAUUGUCGUUGUCUAUGUGGACGAUUUCUUGCUGUGUGGGAAGCGAGACCUGGUGGAGCGCCUUGCCAAGCUGAUACAAUCAGUGUGGGAAACUUCGCCUUUGCAAUUCCUGGAACCAAUGCAGCAAGUACGUUUCCUAGGGAUGGAGCUAACCAUGGCUGACGAUGGUUCAAGGGUGGUGUCGCUGUCGCAGGAAGGGUACAUCAACGAGUUGCUUCGGGCAAAGCAGGUGGGUGUCACGGAGCUCAGCCAAAUUCCCCUCUCGAAGGACCUGGCCUUGUUUUCAGUCCAGCCUACAGAUGAAGCACCAAACCCUGAAAGCGUAUUAGAAGCACAGAAGGUGGCAGGAGAGGUGUUAUGGUUGGCCCAAAGAACUCGUCCUGACCUUGCCUUUGUGAGUUCGGUUAUGUCGGCACUUACAACGAAGGCACCGGCCCGGGUCAGCACCAUCGGUCGAAAGGUCAUGACCUACUUGCAAAAGACGAAGAGCUACCGCUUGCAGGUCAACUACGAUGCCUCAGGCCUCACCUUGUUUGCCGAUUCUGCCUCUGCUCCGGAAGGAGCCCGCUCGCAGACUGGUUGGUUGGUCAUGUUUCAUGGAUCGGCACUGACCUGGAAGAGCGGAAGGCAGCCAACCGUUUGCCUUUCUACUGCAGAGUGCGAACUCCUGGCUCUCACUGAUGGUGCAGUGGCGUUGUUGGGGGCAGAAGCAAUGUUGGGGGAUGUGGGCGAAGUGAUCACAUCUCGAGCACUGGCAUCUGACAGUACAGCUGCCCUGUCCAUUACCUCUGGGACGGGACGAUGGCAGUUGGCAGAUUUAUUAACAAAGGCACUGUCAGGGCAGCGGAUCAAGGAUUUGCUAACUCUGUGGGGAGUCACUGGAUGGCAAGGCAAUGAAUCAUCGCCUACUACGUCUGGAGUUGGUGGUUCCGCAAGAGUCUUGGUGGCAAUCAUAUGCUGUCUGAUGAUCAUGACUGCAGAAUCAAAGUCUGUGGGACAAUCGACAAAGCAAGACCUGGAGCUACACUGGGAUAUGGUUGGAUGGAUCAUGGGUCUUCUGGCUGUAGUGGGCUGUGUAGCGGUUUGGGAGCUAUUGAAAUGGGGUGCUCGAGAAGUCUGUGACGAAUGGGCUCCAGGCGCCGGUUCGAGGAAGUUAAGGAGGCUGAAGAAACUCCGGGAUGCAACGACCUUGGCCAUACAGCAGGAGCUUGACAGAGUUGCUGGGGACCAACAUCGCAAUUCCGUCGCGACUCCAGAUGAUCAGCGAGUAUCUCAACAAGCUACCGGGGGUGUGGAGACACCUAGACGGCAGGAGGCACGGUCAUCAACGGACCCGUCAGUGAGGAGAAUUCCACCAUCUCCGGGAGCAGAAAGCACUACAUCAACGACGAGCACAUGGGCAGACGAGAUUACCGAUGCAGAGGAGGUUUUCAGAGUGUAUAAGGACAUGCUAAUGCUGCUAACUGUUGAGGAACAAAAGAUCGGGCUACGUCCGGAAGGAUUGAUGACAACUGGAGUCAAGGAGGAGUUGGCUGGAAGGCUUGCUACGAGAUUGAUGACAGUUGGCCAGCAAGGACGUGUUCCCCCGACAGUUAGGCAGAGCAAGUAUGCACUCUGGCUAUGGAGGACGAAGCACCUCCAAGGACGAUGUUACCUUCGCUACAGUGACCUCUGUGAAAAACGAAGCCUUUCGACCUGGAUUGGGGCAUGGAAAGAGCGGUAA